UUUAAACAUCUCACUUAACAAUCGAUUAGUCACAUGGUUGAAUUAGAAAUAAAAAUUAUGUUAACUCAAAAUUCUUUCUUAAAAUAAAAAAAGAAAAAAAAUAUUGACGGAAAAUGACAUUGGACUACUCAAUGUGGCAACAGUGGCUGUAUGAUUUGUUCGACGUCGAUACCAUCUACGAAUACUUUUACAAAAAAGGUUUCGAUGCGGACUGGGCUCAGAGAAAAUUGAGAAAAAGCGUCUCGUGGGCUUUCAACCUCGAGGAGCCGUUUUCGACCAUCCUACUCGUGACAGUCAUCUACUUCAUCGCAGUCAGGGUUUACGAAAUGAAAUUCAUAUGGUGGAGAAAGUGCUAUCCUAAGAAGAAGAAAAAGGACCACAAGAUGGAUCUGGUCCGCUGGCUUAAAUUUCAAGACUACAAGAGGAGGGAGUUGGCGAGGAAGACGAUCGAACUGGCCGCACAGGCCAAACUGCCCGAUAUCGAAAGAUCUAGGGCCGCUUGGAGGGACAGCGUCAUGAUGAAAAGCCUCAACAGGAAGAAAUGGCUCGAGGAAGAGAUGAAAAAAAUCGUCACACAGUUGAGGAGGCUCCAAAUGUGCAACAACUGCUAUUCGUCGUGCUGCAUGGACAGAAACGUCCUGGACAGAAAGAACCGAUAAUUCAGACAAAACUAACCUACAAUAAAAUGUCUAAUUUCAGAA